UUCUAAUUGUCAGAGCCGCAAUACUCCGGCUGAAAAGACAGACUCCGCGUCUGGAAACUUCGAUAACAUUCUGGGCUUUUCCGGACUCGUCUCUCUCCUUCUUCUACCCUCCUCCUCACCUUUUAAUUCCCCCAUCAACUCCUACUGAUAUACUUGCAAUGCAAAAUACACCUACUGUCUGAAAGCAAAAGUUAAUCAUUCAUACGCCAACCUUUUCUUCUCGUUCUUCACAAACACUUGUACACAGAACAAGGGAAGUGAAAUGGGUGUGGACUAUUACAAAAUCUUGCAGGUGGAUAAAAGUGCGAAGGAUGAAGAUUUAAAGAAAGCUUAUAGAAAGCUGGCGAUGAAAUGGCAUCCUGACAAGAACCCCAACAACAAGAAGGAAGCUGAGGCCAAAUUCAAACAGAUUUCAGAAGCCUAUGAGGUAUUAAGCGAUCCUGAAAAGAGGGCCAUCUAUGAUCAGUAUGGGGAAGAAGGCCUAAAAGGGCAAGUGCCGCCACCUGGUGCUGGUGGGCCUGGCCGGGCGACGUUCUUCCAGACUGGAGAUGGACCAAAUGUGUUCAGAUUCAAUCCCAGAAAUGCGAAUGAUAUUUUUGAUGAAUUUUUCGGUUUUUCGACUCCAUUUGGUGGGAUGGGAGGUGCUGGUGGCAUGAAUGGUGGUGGUACAAGGUUUCCUAGUUCAAUGUUUGGAGAUGAUAUAUUUAGUUCAUUUGGAGAGGGUAGAACCAUGAAUUCGGUUCCUUGGAAAGCACCGCCAAUCGAGCAAAAUUUGCCUUGCAGUCUCGAAGAGCUUUCCAAGGGAACUACCAAGAAGAUGAAGAUUUCAAGAGAAAUAGCUGAUGCAAGUGGGAAGACGUUACCAGUACAGGAGAUUCUGACCAUUGACAUCAAGCCUGGAUGGAAGAAAGGAACUAAGAUUACAUUUCCAGAGAAGGGGAAUGAACAACCAAAUGUUAUUCCUUCAGAUCUGGUAUUCAUAAUUGAUGAAAAACCACACAGUGUGUUCAAAAGAGAUGGCAAUGAUCUUGUUGUCACACAGAAGAUAUCACUUGCUGAAGCAUUAACGGGGUGCACAGUCCAUCUUACGACGUUGGAUGGGAGGAAAUUAACUGUACCUAUCAACGCUCCCAUUCAUCCUGAUUAUGAAGAAGUCGUCCCAAGAGAAGGGAUGCCUAUUCCAAAAGAGCCCUCAAAGAGGGGUAAUCUCAGGAUCAAGUUCAACAUCAAGUUCCCAACCGGGUUGACGGCUGAGCAAAAGUCGGGAAUCAAGAAGUUGCUUUCUCCUUGAGGUUGCGCUCCACAUCUUCCUUUUGUCCAUUCUUCCUACCCCUGCCCUUCUCUCUUUGUACCUUUGUAUGAUUGCAUUGCUUGCACGCUCCACUCGAGUUAAAAGGGAAAAUGCAAUGUAUGAGGCAGAAGAUAGUGUAAUAUAUCUAUCGGGUUUUUGGUAUCUUUCUUAGCGGUAGUUUGAAAGGGUUGUGAGCUACCUUGUAUUGAAAGACAAUUCUAGGGUCAUAGAUGAUGCCUUGAUGUUAUGCACAACGAAUGUGUACAUGAGGUGAUGGCAGUCGACAGGUUAAAAGUGUAAAAUGAGAGUCAAUCAUUGGCUACUAAAUGUGCGUGUUGAACUACUAAAUGUGCGUGUAUGGUGCCACCUGAUUGCUAGCUUUCGGUUAA